UCCCCACUCCUCCAGCACCCCAAAACCAGCCCCUCCUCAUCACCACCGGGGCCGGGACACCCCAAAUCCUCGCCUCCUAAACCCGGAUCCCUCCCCAAAUCCUCGUCCCCCAGCCCAGCAGCCCACUAAACCACCACCAUCCACACCAGCACCUCCGAACCUGCGUCCUCUCCCACCCUUUAGGGUUUUGGCUCCCCAAAGCAUCCCCCUAAAACCCUCACCCCCACCCCAAACUAACCAACAGCCCUUCCCCUCCCCGUGGCCACCUAUUUGAGGGAGGGGGGGAGAAAAAGGGCAGCCCCCGGGCUCGGGGGAUUUGCCAGCGCCGAGCGGUGCCGCUUGCGCUUCUGCACUGAAUCACCUCAAUUACGGAUUCACUUGGAUGAGAUUUGGGAAAACAGGAAAAAAAAUAAGAAAAAAAAUAAAAAAAAAUACAACAAAACCAACCCGCCCUCCUCUUUUUCCUCCUCCCCCUCGGGCAGGGAGGGGGGGUCGGGGGCAUAAAUAGCUGCCAGCACAGCACGGGGGCCAGAAGCGCAGGGCAGGCGCCUUCCCCGCACGCUUGGCACCACCGCGAGCACCCCCGGCCAUGGCCGAGCCUUCGCUGCCCCUCUCCUUCCUCUGCCUCCUCGCCCUCUCCUCCGCCUGCUACAUCCAGAACUGCCCCCGGGGAGGCAAGAGGGCUUUGGCCGACGCGGCCCUGCGGCAGUGCCUACCCUGCGGCCCAGGGAACAGAGGUCGUUGCUUCGGUCCCGGUGUCUGCUGUGGCGCGGAGCUGGGCUGCUACCUGGGCACGGCGGAGACGCGGCGCUGCGCCGAGGAGGAUUUCCUGCCCUCACCCUGCCAGCCCACCGGCCAGCCCUGCGGCUCUGGCGGCCGCUGCGCCGCCAACGGCGUCUGCUGCAGCGCUGACACCUGUGCCGUGGACGCCUCGUGCCUGGAGGAAGGCAGCGAGCGGGAGGAGGAGGAGGAGGCGGAGAAGAACCUGACGGUGCUGGACGGCUCGGCCGGGGACCUGCUGCUGCGCCUCAUGCACCUGGCGGGCCGGCAGCAGGGCAAGCAGCAGCCCGGCCUCUGAGCCACACGCGUGCUCGCCCCCACUGUGUACAUAAAAAACCCCAAUAAAUGUCCUCUUGCACUGUG